CCUCCUCCUCUGCACGCCAACUCUCUCUCUAUCCUGCGCGGCCAGGGGACACGGAGGGGAGCAGCAACGCCGGGGAAACAGCAACGCCGUCGGAGUCCAGACGCCAUUGACGUACAAGAGGUGAGCGACUUGAGAAAUUGGAGAUUCGCAUGGUGAUGAAGGUGAAUCUGGGGACGAUGGAGCUGGAGAUCCUGGGCAUGAACUUCGGCUGCGUCCUGUCGGCGCUCUCGGAUGCCAAGAUCCCGGAGAAAGAAUGCCUCCUCCCGCUCGUUUCCAAGCUCCUCGGCUACUGCAUCGUUGCCGCCUCCACCACCGUCAAGCUCCCGCAGAUACUGAAGAUUUUAAAACAUGGAAGUGUUAGAGGACUUAGUGUUGCAUCCUUUGAGCUUGAGCUCAUUGGCUACACAAUUGCUCUGGCAUAUUGUAUUCAUAAAGGACUGCCCUUUUCAGCUUAUGGAGAGCUAGCUUUUCUGUUGAUCCAAGCAAUAAUCUUAAUUGCAAUCAUUUACUAUUACUCGCCACCGAUGGGAAGCAAAACAUGGAUAAAAGCUUUGGUAUAUUGUGGAUUAGCUCCGAUUGUUUUGGCUGGAAAAAUUGAUCCAGGUCUUUUUGAACUCCUUUAUGCUUCACAGCACGCCAUCUUCUUUUGUGCCAGAGUACCGCAGAUAUGGAAAAAUUUCACAAAUAAGAGCACUGGCGAGCUAAGCUUCCUGACUUGUUUCAUGAAUUUUGCUGGUUCCCUUGUAAGAGUUUUUACCAGUAUCCAGGAGAAGACUCCAUUAAGUGUUCUUAUGGGCUCUGUAAUCGGCAUCGCGACAAAUGGUACAAUCUUGAGUCAGAUAAUUAUGUACCAAAAGCCUGUGCCAAAGAAAGAGAAGAAAGAAGAUUAAGCAGAACUGGAGGUUCUUUCUUUCCGGUUUACAGUUUUGCUCCUGGUCUAUUGUUGGAGCAACAUGCGCCAUUACAUGAACUUACCUGCAGACCCUUACGCAAUGACGGAAACAGUAGGCGAAAAAUUAUGCAGACUUGUGUGAUGAUGAAAGAAAUAGGAAGUAUAUGCAGGGCAUGCUAACGAUAUUCCUUGGUUUGUAAUCUUUGCAAGUGUAGUAAUGACUGUUGGUGUAGUUUCACUUGAUGUUUUAGUUGCACUGUUCAGUUGUUUGAUGAUAGAAAAAAAAUCGACGUCCAUAGUUUCUAUGUUGCUCAAUGUUUGAAAUCAGUUUGUUGUUUUUAGUAA